UGCGUCAGGCCAGAGUCCUCACAAAGCGUUGGGUGAGACUCCUCUUUCUCAUCAUGUCUGGCCGCGGCAAAGGCGGGAAGGGUCUUGGUAAAGGCGGCGCUAAGCGCCACCGUAAAGUACUGCGCGACAAUAUCCAGGGCAUCACCAAGCCGGCCAUCCGGCGCCUUGCUCGCCGCGGCGGCGUGAAGCGCAUCUCCGGCCUCAUCUACGAGGAGACUCGCGGGGUGCUUAAGGUGUUCCUGGAGAACGUGAUCCGGGACGCCGUGACCUAUACAGAGCACGCUAAGCGCAAGACGGUCACCGCCAUGGAUGUGGUCUACGCGCUCAAGCGCCAGGGCCGCACCCUCUACGGUUUCGGUGGUUGAGCGUCCUUUUCUACCAAUAAAAGGCCCUUUUCAGGGCCACCCUA